AUGGAAGAGAGGGAGGACGUGGAGAUCGUCGGCGUCCCAGUGGAGGGUGUGGAGUACGUGGAAGUCGUUGGUGUCCCAGUGGAUGUAGGAGAUGAUGUGGAAGGAGUGGAGGUGGUGGAGGACAUGGAAUUUGUCGAGGUCCUGAUGGAAGGUGUGGAGGAAGUGGAGGACGAGGAAGUCCAGAUGGAAGUGGUGGAGGACGAGGUGGUCCAGAUGGAAGUGGUGGAGGACGUGGAAUUUGUUGAGGUCCAGAUGGACGGAGGGGAUGACGUGGAAGUGGUAGAAGUCCAGAUGGACGGAGGGGAGGACGUGGAAGUGGUAGAAGUGCAGAUGGACGAAGUGCAAGCGGAACUGGAGUUUGUGGACAUGCUCGACGAGUUGCAGCCAGACGUCGACGAAGAGUUCCGACCACUUGCCGUGGGUGAACAACCCCGAGGGCGUGCGCCAAUAAUUGACAGGCCGGCAGGCGUGACACACCCGCUUCCAGAGCAGCACAACGCGGGCGCGUUAAACAGAAUCUGCACACAGUGUAACGCCCGCCACUUCGAAGGCGAGGUUGUGGGCCAGGGUGCCAAUAUGCACUUCUCCACUUGCUGUAACAACGGUCAAGUGACCGCUGCAGGACAACACGCGUUGUUGCCCGCCCCUUUUUUACUAAUGAGUUUGUUGAUUGGAGAUUCACAGGAUGGUCGUAGAUUCCGAGACGACAUUCGCCGGUACAACAACGCCCUGGCAUUCGCUGCGUUUAGCUGUGGCACAGACGACAGGCGUUUGCGAGGGCGUGGACCGCGAACGAUGUGUAUCCAAGGCCAAACUUAUCAGAGGAUAAAUAAUGACGUGGCCGUUGACCGAGUAGAUUCCAACUACUGUCAGUUGUAUUUCCUCGAGUCCGCAGAGGCCAACGCCCGCCGCGUUGGGAUGGCUCUGCAGAGAAAUCAUCGUGAACUGUCCGUAGUUGUGAUGGGACUAUUGGACGGUUUUCUGCGAGACGUAAAUCCGUACGCAAUGGCUUUUAAGAACAUGCGUGAGGUGUGGCUGGCAGAAAGAGACCUAGCCGACGCCGAUCCCGCAGGUGUGCGACCUAGGCCAGUGACGAUGCAUUUUGUCCGAGAUGCGGCCCGGGACGACGGGCGAAACAACCUGCCUACCGCAAACGAAGUUGCGGCCGUGUUCGAAGGCGAAGGGGGUCGUCCGCCAAGAGACAUUAAUCUGGUCAUUUACGAUACGAAUCCAAUCAACCCGCAACACAGGAUGCAAACCAUACCAGCGGGGUCGUGUCACUCGGAUCCGAUGUUGUAUCCGCUGUUUUUCCCGUACGGCGAGGCCGGUUGGCAUAACGGGAUGUUGCAACAGGGCAACCGACGAAACAAUGUCCGCAAUCGCAACAGUAUCAGAGAGUUUGCGUGCUACCGUUUGGCUGUUAGAUAUCAGGGAAAUAACGACCAAAGGCAUGAACUGUUUAGUUUAUUACAUCAAGGUCGGUUCUUGUUGCAGAUGUAUGUGUGCGACCAGUAUGUUCGAAUGGAGUCGAAUAAUCUGAACUACAUACGUUUGCACCAGAGGGAUCUCCUCGCCGAAGCGUAUCAAGGGCUCAUGGACCAUGUGAACCAACAGCUCCACGUCGAUCCCAUGGCGGUCGGGCGUAGGGUCAUAUUGCCGUCGACGUUCACGGGUAGCGACCGAUUCAACAAGAUGAAUUAUCAAGACGUCAUAACCGUAGUGCGUACCAAAGGGAAACCCGACCUGUUCAUAACGUUUACGUGCAAUCCCAGGUGGCCAGAGAUCACUGAAAACCUGGCUGCCCACAGCACGGCAAGCGACAGGCCGGACCUGGUGGCCAGAGUGUUCAACAGGAAGCUACAGGAGCUAAUAGGUGACAUAACUGUAAAUCGUGUGUUUGGUAAUGUCGGCGCUUACGUGUACACUAUCGAGUUUCAGAAACGUGGUCUGCCCCAUGCGCAUAUACUGAUAAUCCUGGCGGAGGACUGUAAGUUCCGCACGGCCGAGGACGUGGACGACGUGGUUUGCGCCUUCUUGCCGGACCCCGCAAUCGACAGGCGCCUACACGACUGCGUCAAGUCUCACAUGAUCCACGGGCCGUGUGGAACAGUCAAUCCACAGUGUCCGUGCAUGGUGGACAACAAAUGCUCCAAAGAUUUCCCGAAAGCGUACGCAGAGGAGACUGUGUACGUUGCGGACGGCGGAUAUCCAAAGUACCGCCGACCGGAUGACGGCCGGGUGGUACUUGUGAUAGGUCGUGAGGUUGGUAACGAGUGUGUAGUGCCAUACAACCCUUACCUUCUGGCCAAGUAUGACGCGCACAUCAACGUCGAGAUAUGCACGUCCAUAAAGAGUGUCAUGUAUAUCUACAAGUAUAUAUACAAGGGACACGACCGUGUGACGUUGGAAGUUCAGGACCAGGAUGAGAUUGCCAAUUACGUAAACUCAAGAUAUGUCAGCCCACCGGAAGGCAUCUGGCGGUUGUUUUUGUACAAAUUGCACGGCAAAAGUCACACGGUCGUCAGACUUCCUGUCCACCUGGAGGGUCGUCAGAACGUGUACUUUGCGCCGGGCCAAGCAGAAGAACGGCUACAGAACCAAGCUGUGCGUAGUACGAAACUCACGCAGUUCUUCGCGCUCAACACAACAGACGUGAAUGCUCGACAAUACUUGUACCAAGAAAUACCGACGCAUUACACCUGGCAGAUGCCACGUAAUCAAGAAAACGUACUCGUAAGAAAUGUCACCCAAUGGUUGCCGCGGCGGAUUCGGAUGGCAAACGUUACGUUGGCUCGGAUGUACAUAGUAAACCCACUGGACCGGGACCGUUUCCACCUGAGAUUGCUACUUCUGAACCGAAGAGGCCCGAAGUCCUUUCAAGACAUAAGGACGGUGGACGGGGUCGUUCACGAAACAUUCACGGCGGCUGCCGUUGCACUCGGAUUAUUGGAAGACGACCGAGCGUGGCGGGAUUGCUUGACGGAAUCGGCGACGUUGGACACACCGCGGCAGCUGCGGUAUCUGUUCGUCACUAUACUGGUGUUCUGCGAGCCCUCAAACCCGCUGGCGUUGUACGAGGCGAACGAAGCAAACAUGAUGGAGGACUUCAACCGCCGUCUCCAAGACGUCGACCGCGCGAGUGCCGCGUGUCUGGCGGCCAUCGAGGAUCUACUUCGUGUACACCGGAAAUCGCCGGGCGACUACGGUCUGCCCCUCGCCGACCACCGUCUACUGGAACCGCUGCAGGACGACGCGCUGUUCCGGGCAAUAGACGCGGCGGCACGGUGGGCCCCACAAGUAGACGCCUUGAACGCCGAACAGCGAACGGUGUACGACCGCGUGAUGGCGGCCGUCGACGACCAACGCGAGGUGGCGAAAACUUUCUUCGUCGACGGACCCGGGGGUACCGGAAAAACGACGCUGUACGGAUGCCUGAUAUGGGCGCUUCGGCACCGACCUCCGCAGCGGGAGGUGUUGAGCGUGGCGUUCACCGGUAUCGCCGCGUCGCUCAUGGACGGCGGCAUGACCGUACACUCGACGUUCGGACUGCCUUUCGGCACGCUGACCGAAGACUCGACGUCCAGCGUCACCAUGCACCCCAAUGUCGCCGGGACUGCAACUGACGGUGGUGGACCGCCUGCUCAGGGACGUCAUGGCAUCGGAAUUACCGUUCGGCGGUAA